AUGGCACCGAUCACUCUUCCCGCAGGAAGAAUUCAAAUCCAUGCCGACCCAGAGCCAUGCAAGGACUUCUUCCAAACCCUCAAGUAUGACAUCUACCAUUCUCAAGCCAGUGGUCUUGAUACCUUCCCAACGAAGGAUAAACUUUCGUGGGCCGUCCAACAAUGUCCCAAUAGCAUCGAGGGUCUUUCCGAUGCUCUCAGUCUCGCAGAGAACAAGCUCACUAUUCAUCUUGAAUCUGUUCUACCCAACUUUGAACGGGGACAACUGAUUGCCUUUUUGAGUCAAAAUCUAUCCAUUCCGACGCCAGACUUCAAUAGCAAUACGUCAACAGCUUCAAUCCAUACCAAGCCUGAGAUACCAGCUCCCAUACAUAAGAACGCUGGCAUCGCUUUCGCUGUUGUCGCCUUGAUUGUUGUAGUCACCUUGCUUGUCUACCAUGGAGUCAAGUACACUCGCAGCAUCAUUCAUCGCCGUGAGGCAGAACGUUCCGCUCGAUUGAGAAGAGCAAUUUCUCCUGAAGAUGCCAAGAAAGCCCAGGAGUACUUGAGAGGCGAAUGGGCAGAAAUUGAUAGAAGACAAGCCGCGCGAGCUGAGUCAAUCCAGUUGCAGGAACUUUCGACUGCUGUCACUGAGAACGUCGCUGAGCUAGCGGAGGUGUAUAGACAUCCGAGGAUGGACUGGACGUAG